UAUAAACUGUGCAGUUUCCAGUGUUCUCUCACAAGCUAUAUAUCCGUUAGCCAGUGCCUUCUAUUUAACAAAUAUCUACAAUUUCUUCACUUGUUUUUUAAUAAAAAAAAUAUUUAAAACCGCGGCUUAUUUACAGACCAUGCAGACAUUAACACCACACGUGAUCACGGCUGUGUGCCUGUUAUUGGCUAUUCGUUUGGCAUAUGGACAUGUGAUUGACCAAGGACAGCAGGAGCAGCAGCAACAACAGAAACUGAAUGAACAAGCGCCGGCACAAACGCGGGGCUUAGACGCUCAGUCGAUGAUUUCUGGCAUAGCAAAUUCGCUGAUGAGCAGAACAGGAGGAACCAGCAGUCAAAAUUAUUGUAUAGACACGGAGGUAAAAAAGAGAAACGCCCCGGGUUUCUGCAAAAUGUCUUCCUUGACUACCUUAGCCAGUCCUUGUCGAUUUUUCAAGAUGGCCAAUGGACUUUGCGAUCUGCCCGACAUUUUGACGCUUAGUUUAAACGUUUCCAACGUGAUGCUGAUGGUUGUACUUAAGGCAUUAAUUUGGGGUGCAGCUUACAUGACAGGCGGUCACAAAGGACGCAAAGAAGAGUCGUCUUCUGGUCUAGGAGACAUUAUAUCUGAAGCGGACAUAUUGAUGUUUCUUGGUUUUUUGGUUGCUGAUGACUCGGGACAGUACGAUUGUUUAAACCGUGUAGCAUGCGAACAGCCGACAAAGGCAACAAGUUACUUAAAAAGUGCCGAAAUGGUUUGGAAUGCUGCAAAAAUACUAGACGGUAUUGUACCAAUGGACUCCAAGUAUGAAAAAAUGUUGAACAGACUACAAGAGGCAAUUGAGGAUGGCAGAGCGAAUGCCGACUGUCAGGCCAUAUACAAGUGUUCGGAGCCGCUAAAUGAUAGAUUUAACAACAUAAUAUAAAGACUUAUUUCGUUAUUAAAAAUAAUUUUAUGGAAUUCUAAGUCUGAUCAAAUGAUUUUACGUAAAAAAUCAUAAAUAUUGUUAUGUAUGCUUAUUGCUUACAGCAUGUAUCAACUAAACAAAGGUUUUUUUUUGAAAAGUAA